AUGGAGAGGAUUUCAGAAGGAGAGUUAUACACUUGGUGUACGCAGAGAGGAACAAGCUUAAAAAAAUGUAUGGGAGUAGGGGGAAAUUUUUCUGACAUUCAUGAUGAUGUGGUAUUAGAGACUUUAGACAGAUUGUAUGGAGUAAGCAAACCUCAGAUCAUAGAUAAAUGGAGAGAGGAUUCCGGGAGAGUUGUAGCUAUUUUGAUAGAAACAGAAAAAGAGUUAGAUGCUAGGUUGAUACCCACAAUGAUUGUAGCUGGGGGAGAAAUUGGAAGACUGUGGCGCAUUAUAUGGCCUAAAAGUAGUGAGGAAGAAAUAGUUAGUGCUCAUAUCUCAACAUCUGCUGAAAACCCAGAGAGGGUUAAUGAGAGCAGCAAUACCCAGGGGGAUGGUGCCAAUGUAAAUGGAGGGCAGUUUGAGACCAUGGUAGAUAGAGUGGUUACACAGUUAGAGAGAUGGCACUAUGAGGGAAGCUACAGGAGGUUAAGAAUAUUUUCAGGAAUAGUGCCUGUGCCACUUGGGGAAGAAACAUACGAAGCGUGGAAAGAAGCUGCUGUUCAGCAAGCUGAGGAGUGGCAAUGUCCUGACCAAAUAAAAAGGCAAAGGGUAGUAGAGAGUUUGAGGGGACCAGCCAUGGGGAUUAUUCAGGCAGCUAGAAGAAGCAAUUCGCAAGCCACACUAGAAACUUAUUUUGAAGCUUUGGAUUACGCAUAUGGCACUUUAGAGGAUGUGGGAGAUUUGACCUCGAGAUUUCAUCAUACUUUCCAAGAACCUGGGGAGAAAUUUAGUGCUUAUUUGAUUAGGAUAGAUAAACUCUUGUAUAAAAUAGUUGAUAAAGGAGGUAUUACUAAAGAGGAAGUGGAUGGAAGUAGGAUGAAGCAGCUCCUUAGAGGAGCUUUGACUGCUGACUUUGUGGCUCAAAUGUUAAGAUGUUCAGGGAUAAGAGAUACCCCUCCCACUUUUAAUGAUCUGUUAAAAGAGGUAAAGCAAGAGGAGACAUUAAUUGAAAUGAGAGAGAAAACUAUAAAAAAAAGUAAAAGUGAUACAACCUAUGGUGGAAGUGAAUCCAUUUGA